AUGGAAGUUCCUAAACUUCCCACUGUUAUUUUACACUCUCCAGACUCUGAUUCAGUGAUUUCCGAUGAUGAUUCACCUUAUUUUUUGUAUGAUGAGUACCGCAGUAGUAUGGAGCGACUGGCGUUUCGAAAUCAGGAGUACUCGGAUGAUAGAAGCAUGCAGCGGAGAAACCCGAUUCGUCGGCAGCGUACUGUGCUGGAUGAAGAACAGACAAAAGAUGCGCUAAAACUGUUGGAAAAGUUUGUACGAAAAAAGUAUCCAAAUGGUACAUUUGGUAUCAAUCAAGAGAGCACAGAUCUUGAGCAGGCUGAUGCUCCGGUAGGACACACGCAAUCGGCAUGCCAGUUUUCGAGAAACCUUACUCCUGCUGAACGAAUAUCCAAUGUUUUCAUACCACCUUCACUCGGCGCUGAGGACUACCCACCGUUAUCACCAGGUUUAUAUGAUUCAACUUUUCGAAGUGAAAUUAAGCAUCAAGAACGAGAAUCCUGGGGAGCAUGGUUUGUUCGAGUUGGCAAAUUUCUGUAUAAGUUCCUAGGACUCCAAUAUAUAUUUCUUGCACUUGUGAUACUUGGAUAUGCUUGUCUCGGUGGUUAUAUUUUUCAAACGUUGGAACAUGAUCAACAAUUGAUGGAUCUAGAGGCGGAAGAACAAGUUAAAAUUCAAGAAUCGACAAUGUUGGCAGAAAACUUAUUGAAUUAUUUGAAAAAAUGGAAUUGUGGUCAAUCAAAUGAGAAAAAAUGUCUUGAACUUAUUACAAAAGCGUUUGUCGAGAGAUCGGAAAAAGUGGAGAAAGCAAUUCGUGGUGAUGGUUGGCGUUGGGAUUUCUGGAAUUCUGUAUUCUUUGCUGCAACUGUUUUCACAACCAUUGGAUAUGGUAACCUUGCAUGUAAAACAAAUAUAGGGCGGAUUGCCACUAUUAUUUAUGGUCUUAUUGGCAUUCCAUUGAUGUUGUUCGUGUUGAAAGUGUUUGGUGAACUUUCUUUUAAAUGGGUACAGAAAAUACGAUACAAUCUACGACGAUGUGCUAGAAAAUGUAUCUGGAAGAAACUGAAGAGAUCGAGUACUAUUGAGACAGUGGCAUCAGAUGAGAUGCUAGAGACGUGUGAAGACAGUGAGGACGAAGAGCGUAUCACCACUUUCCCUGUCAAGUGGGCACUUUGCAUCGUGUUUUUGUUCAUUGUGAUUUGCUCUUUCAUUGUUUCAUUUUGGGAGAAAUGGGAUUUCCUAACCGCUUUCUAUUUCUUCUUUGUCUCACUCUCCACAAUUGGAUUCGGUGACGUCAUUCCAGAACACCCGCGAACCGCAUGUGGUCUCUUCAUUCUUUAUUUUGUUGGCCUCGCACUAUUUUCGAUGGUCUACGCCAUUCUUCAGGAACGAGUUGAGAAUCAGUACAUGUGGGCGUUAGAACUUAUUGACCAGGAAUACCAAGAAACCCAAUUAGACAAACAAUUGGUAGAAGAUUAUGAAGAAGCACUGGAGAAACAGAGGCAACUCAAUGAGAACGGAGAAGGUGCAGGAGGUGUUUUUUGGAGUAAUGCAAUUGGUAAAAUGCAUUCUCAAAGUUCAGUUCGAUGGAGACAAAAGAAUAGUGCAUACAGUAUGGAGAACAUGCCAGAUAGACCGAUUAGUGAAAGAAGGUUUAGUGUGUUCACACCUGGAGAACCUCCUCAAGCGGCACCACCUGUGCUUGGAACUUUCAUGCUUCAUAAUUUGUCGAUGAAAAAAAAGUUACUAGCACGAUCGGAAAGCAUUUUGAACCAACAAGAAUCACCAUGGCCACACGCAGCCGAAUUAAACCUACCAAAGGAACCGACCACUUUAGGGAAACCAAUGGGUUUAUCGGCUCCUAAUUUGGCAACUGCUCCACGUGGCAACCGAUCGCCAUCUGGUGCUUUAUCAGUGAUCACCGAGGCAAGCGACGAGGAUACGCGCCACUUCAAAAAGCAUCGAAGACCGUUGGCAAAAUCUGCGGCCGCAGAUGAAACCAUAUCAACACACGGUAGCGCAGAAAGUCUUGAUCAAGUGAUGGAUGAGUUGCAAUUAGACUCUCAUGAUCAGGCGAUCACCCCCAAACCAUAUCGAGAUCCAUCAUCAGGAAUACAACGAUUACGUGAGGAAAUAAUAGCGGCGAGAGCAGAAAGAAUGCCACUGUUCCCUAAAGAGCCACUAAAAGAGGAAGAUGAAAACGAGAAAGACUCAUAA